AUGAUUUGGUUCGCUGUGCUUCUAUCGGUGCUCUGUGCCGCUGUGAAUACUCAAAAUUGCCCAACUAUUGUAAGCCGGGCACAGUGGGGAGGCAAGACCCCCACAUGCAAGAGGAUGUCUGUUCCUGUACCGAACGUCAUCAUCCACCACACGGAGGGCGCCUUCUGUAGCUCUAGAUCUACGUGCAGCGCCCAAGCCAGGAACAUACAGAAUUAUCACAUCAAUACCAAUAAGUGGUGUGACAUCGGAUACAACUUCCUCAUUGGUGAGGACGGCGCUGUGUAUGAAGGACGAGGCUGGACGACUAUUGGUGCUCACGCUACAACCUAUAACCCCAUCUCCAUUGGUAUCAGCUUCAUAGGAUCCUUCACUGAUCGCGCCCCCAACAAUGCAGCCCUGAAUGCUGCAAAGCAACUUAUCGCUUGCGGGGUGGCCAAAAACUUCAUCAGAAGCAACUAUGUCCUGAAGGGACACCGAAACGUGAUGAGCACAAGCUGUCCCGGAGAUAGCCUCUACAAAGUCAUUAAAGGAUGGCCGCGCUUUGCAGCUUGA